GCGUGAGAGGUAGAAACUACACACCGGACGCGAUUUUUGAUGCGGACCCUACAACUACGAGGGAGCGACUACCCCAAAAGCCCUUGUUUCUCGCCUCUUCCAUAUUUUUUCCUUUCCGGUUUUGCACUCAAUCCCCUCUCCCUCUCCCUCUCUCUGUCACUCUGAGGAUCGAUUUGGGGGCCAAGUUCAAUGGAUAACAUCAAUGACAAGAAUUAUAAUCACGAGGAAUCAAGCCCAUUCUUGAGUAAGCAAGUCGGAGAAGAAGAAAAAGAUGCACAGAAACCCAGCAAGCCCACCGACACCAAGGCUGACACCGUCACUAUCUCGCCCGGGACCAAAGCUCCGGCUCCGGGACCGGGAAAUAUUGGUGGAUACGGCUGGACAGCAGACGGGUUGCCAUUGGGACACGGGAGUGUGAUGGGCGAGCCGAUGGGCAGGGCCCACUGGGACUCUUCUCUCUUCGCCUGUCUUGGACGCAACGACGAGUUCUGUAGCAGCGAUCUUGAAGUUUGUCUUCUUGGAAGUGUGGCUCCUUGUGUGCUGUAUGGAAGCAAUGCUGAGAGACUUGGAUCCAGUCCUGGCACUUUUGCAGAUCACUGCUUGCGUUAUUCUGGUCUAUAUUUGAUUGGGAAUUCCGUUUUUGGUUGGAAUUUCCUUGCACCAUUGUUUUCACACUCUAGCCGUACUGCCAUUCGUCGGAAGUUCAACCUAGAGGUAAGUUUUUCUCUUUUCUUACCCUCAUUACCUCCUAAAAACAAGGUGACAUGUUCAAUGGCAGUUUUGGUCUGCCAUUGAGUUGGUUGAUUUUAUUUUGUGUUGUUGUGUACGUUUAUGCUUUCUAUGCAUAUGUUUGUUUAUCUAUUAAUUAUAGCACUCCUCAAUUAUACAUUUUGUAUCCUAUUUUGUUCUUAUCAUAAAGUACUUCUUCUAUAAAUGAACCGAGCUCUGUAUAGUCUUUUUUUAUAAGAAAGUUUAUUAAUGCCAAUAGGCAUAGCCAAUUUCACUGGAUGAAUACGAGAGAAAACACCUAGUUGGCGUGCAAAAAACGAUAAACCCAUCUAGGAAAAUGAACCUAACAAAGCCCUAGCCCAAGCCCAAAGCCGCGCCUGCCCCAAACCACCACCAGUGCAGCAAUGCCUAUCCCACCAAACCAGAUUUUGACCAUACACCAAGCCACUGUAAAUUUCCCAACACACUCCUCAAUACUUGUAAACUCCGAACGGGCCUACUAAAAUAUACGAUUGGUUCUAUCAUUUCUCUGGUCCUGCCUUGACUUGAACUACCUCCCUUAUCGUCAUAGUUGAUUGCAAAGAGAUGCAAUCAUGACAGCAAUUAUGGAAUUUUGAAUAUUCUCAUCAUAGAGAUGCAUUUUAAAGUGUUACUAUUAUAUAUAUGUAUUAUAGUUGUAUAUCAAUAAAAAAAAAAAAAUGUUAUAUUUGUGGUUUCAUGAAGUUUUGAUAUAUAUAACUUAUUUUUUCUAAAGAUGAUAUAAAUAUAUUGUUUGAGAGAGAGAGAGAGAGAGCCUUAUGCCAUGGACACCUUAGUUCUGAGAAUGUUAUGGUGUUAAUGAAUUUGUUAGUAUUUCUGUUGUGGUGUUCUUGGCCUUCUGGUCAUGUGGAUUCAUGAGUUACAUAUGUUUCGUAUAUUUGUAUCUAAUUUCCACGCCCUACGUCAGAUAAAUGCUUUCUGUUUUCAUUUUAUGGCAAUUGUGAAUUAUAGAAAUCAUUGCUCCUAUUCAUACUCUUGAAUGUUUUAAGGAUUUAGGACACUACAUGUGUUAAUUGGUAAAAGGAUACGGCAAAGCCAAUAGUAAUUUAAGUUGAGAAAUUUGAUACUUA